CAGAGAGCCGGGGCUGAGCCACGGAGUAAUAAUAAUCGCGGGGAUGCGGCUGCCGCCGCUCGCAGCGCUGCCGCCCGGGCGCGGAGCGGGUGCGGAGCUGCCCGAGCGGAGCCGGAGCCGGAGCCGGAGCCGCUGAGCGCCGGGCGCGGAGCCGCGGUGGCGGCCGCAGCCACCGCCCCCCGGCCGCCGCGGGAGCGGGAGCGGGAGCGGCCCCGCCGGCCGGGGCGAGGGGGGAGCGCGGCGGGGAUGGGAGGAGGAAAUCCUGUGAAUGUCAUCGCGGGGCGGCGGGGCAGCGCGGCUGGCGACAAGGCUCCGCGAGCAGACGGCCUCUGCGGGGGCGGCGGGGGCAGAGCCCACCACCGGCACGCCACAAAGGAACCGGCCCUGCCAAUGUCAUCGGCCAUCGAGAGGAAAAGCCUCGAUCCUUCCGAGGAGCCGGUGGAUGAGGUGCUGCAGAUCCCCCCGUCGCUGCUGACAUGCGGGGGGUGCCAGCAGAACAUCGGGGACCGAUAUUUCCUGAAGGCCAUCGACCAGUACUGGCACGAGGACUGCCUCAGCUGCGACCUGUGCGGCUGCCGGCUCGGCGAGGUGGGCAGGCGCCUCUACUACAAACUGGGCAGGAAGCUCUGCAGGAGGGACUACCUCAGGCUCUUUGGCCAGGACGGGCUGUGUGCCUCCUGCGAGAAGCGGAUCCGCGCCUACGAGAUGACCAUGCGGGUGAAGGACAAGGUCUAUCACCUUGAGUGCUUCAAGUGUGCCGCCUGCCAGAAGCACUUCUGUGUGGGGGACAGGUACCUCCUCAUCAACUCGGACAUCGUGUGCGAGCAGGACAUCUACGAGUGGACUAAGAUCAACGGCAUGAUCUAGCACGGACGUGCCUGGCUCUCUGUGACAGACACCUCCCGGGCUCAGCUGCACCCAGGAGAUCAUCCCUUGGGCUGUGGGCUUUGAAACGGGGGGGAAACACCACGCAGUCGGCCCUUGGCAGGCAGUGCUACGUAGAAUGUAAACUACACCCAGGUGAAGGGGGGAGAGCAAAGCAAUAGUAGCUAGACUGACUUGUGUUCACCGUACGGACAGUAACUGACAUCAGCUGGCAGCCGGGGACAGACACAGCACCAUAACCCAUCCUCCCAACUGGAACAGAGUAGGGACUUCUGUAAAGAGAUGUUAUGACGUUGUCACCUGCAGACUAGGAUUGUGCAAUUCAGUUUUCUUUCUGUCUUGUUUUCAUUACUGAGUCCGGAUGACAAGCUCCCACAGUAGGAGUGAUGAGGAAGGAAGGAAGGAGCCAUCCCUGACGUGGUCAUUCCAUAUGGCCUUACACUUUGGGUGGGAGUUAUUUUUGCAUGGAUUUUUUCUUUUUCCUUUGAGAAUGAACAGUUCAUCCUCUAGUCCCAAACUCUUUUUAUUUUAAAAAACCCUGCUGAAUAGUUGUUUUCAGGCACUGCUGUCUCAAGACGAGAGGUUCCCCAGAUCAUUUCUAUACAAAUAUAAAUCUAAAGAAUUGUUCAACUAUUUUAUUAACUUAGAUUAUAUCAAUAAAAUAUUUGUUGUGUGUAGUAAGACUCUGCAGCUUUAAUAAAAAUAAUGGAAGAUUUGA